GAGGCCACCACGGACCCUCGCCUUAGCAAGUCGCCCACGGCACCAAGAGGAGUGCAGGUGGAACGGCGCUACAACUUGAAAGCAUCCGAGUCUGAGCUUUUUCGCCUGCUGGUGGUCCGUGAGAGUGCCACCAGUCGCUUGCUGUGUCGCUACCUCUCGAGCCAUAGCGGAUCAGAUGUGGACUCGGCUUUGUGUAGCUUGUGUCACAGCUCCAAGCUGGACGUCCAGGCUUUCCUGCAGGAGAAGAGGCAAUACGUGACCGAAGGCAUUCUUCGCAUUCAGGACGGCUAUGGCGACUCGAAGGAACCCAGCAUUUCACCAGAGGCCGUGCAUGCACUGCUGGGCAAGGAGCUAACCACAGAGCAACGUUUGAAGCUGAGCUCCACGGCCAUCGAUGCCGUCAUCAAAGGUGACGAUGAGUCUCCGGACAAGAGAGAUGAGAAGAGCAGCGAGGACAAGACGGAAAAGACGGAGAAGACCGAAAAGGAGGCCCCAGAGAUGCCAGAGACCACCACAG